CUUCGUAAACGUCAAAUCAAAAUUCUGAGAAGAACAAAAUAAUCGAAUAUUUACCAAAAGUCUUCGGUUUAUUGACUAACCAAAAACUAACAUUAAAAUGAUUAAAAAUACAGUAACAGGGGCUCAUAGGCCACUAUCCGGACAGUUAUACAAGUACACGAAUGUUGUGAAAGGCUGGCAGCAGCGCUGGUUUGCAGUAGAUCCCGAAACAGGAGUUUUAUCGUAUUAUCUAUUCGAUGGGCCUGGUGAUACUAUUCAGCCCGGCCAGCCAGCUAGGGGCGAGGCACAUUUAGCUGCUGCUGUGAUAUGUCCAAGUGAUGAAGACUCUCGUACCUUCACUAUCAACUGUGCUUCCGGGGACAUGCUCAAGCUGAGGGCCACUGAUGCCAGGGCUAGGCAGGAAUGGGUUAAUGGACUGAGAGCUAUUGCUGAAAUUCACACCAAGGCGAUGGGUGCUAAUCCUCCACUCCAACCCAGAGAGCAGCUGGCUGUGCAUGAUGCCAUGGCUUCUGCUAGAAACCAAUUACAGGCCACAGAAAUGAGUGAUGCAGCUCUGGCAAGAUGCAUAGAAUCAGCCGACUCACCAUUCCCUCACACAGACCCUGACCUAUUACUGUUAAAAGCUACCUCAGCUGCCAGCAUGCAGUGCCUACUCCAAUGCCUUGGAAUUCUGCACCGACAGCAACAGUACACAUCAGUGAGUGUCUCAAGCAAACAUUCGGAUGACCACCACUAGUAGUGACUACUGAUACUAUUGUUGAUACAUUGUGGGCUAAUACAUUCCAUCUCGUGUGAAUUUAAGGACUAUGUAUUGUGAUAAUUAUGGUUGCUGACACGUCUUCGUAACAAGGUUUUAAGCGUCUGACUACUGCCAAAAAACCGUUAAAGGCUAAUCCUCUGCUAACAUCUUUCAUCGUUGUCUGACACGGCGUCCAAUGUCAGUGUUUAAGUAUAACAGGAAAAUGUAAAGAAUGUAAAGCUAUAUACUGUGGGGUUUCAUGUAAUACUUUGACUAGGUACUUGAAACAGCUAUUUAAAAUUACAAUAUGAAAUGUAUUAUGUAUUGUCCCACAUUGUAUUUUGAAUUUUUAGCUUAAAAAGACAAGCGUUGUUGACAUAUCCUCAUGUUUUCCUUAUAGUUAUACUCCAUUGGCGUUAUGUAAUUGUAAAUAUUUUAUCUAAUAAAAACAAUUGAUACCUUUCUUAACGAUUGGUAUUUUUAGAUUUACACUUAAGUGUAAAUUCAGUUUUAAUCCAAGAGUAUUUUAUGGUUUUAAUUAUUUAUAUCUAUGGUUAAUUUGUACUUACUUUUUAGGAAAGAAUACCUACCUAUAUACUUAGUAGUAGUGGCUACGAAAUAAAAGUCUUCUUGUUAUA